CCCAAUAAAAAGGUUGAAAUAUAAAAAUCUGAUACCAUUAGUGGCACUAUUUUCUAUAUGAGAAAAAGAUCCCAUCCGUUAGAAUCUAUCCAUUCCAUUGUGAAAACACAUACAACAAAAAUAAAUCAAACCUUGCCAUUUUCCACCCCAUCUGAGUCAGUCUCUGUUUUCUUUCUGCUCUGCCUCCACACCACAACACACAAAACAAGCCACACCACACGCAACCAAUACUAAUCAACCUUGAUCAAAUAAUCCAAAUAACCAAUCAUCCUACAAAUACCUGAAACCAAGAACAACAACAACAACUCUGAACUCUCCUUCCUUCAAUGGAAAUGGAGGGUCACGGGGGCCCACUCCCAGCCCACACAAAACCCAUCUCUCGUCUCAACUCCUACGUAGCCAACACCAGAUUAGGCAAAUACUUCAAGCUCACACAGCGCAACUCCACCUUCACCACCGAGCUCCGCGCCGGCACCGCCACGUUCCUCACUAUGGCCUACAUCCUCGCCGUCAACGCCUCCAUCUUAUCUGACUCCGGUGGAACCUGCUCUGUUUCCGACUGCAUCCCCCUCUGCUCCGACCCUUCUACCCCUCUCUCCGCCUGCACCGGCCCCUCCCUCAGCAUCAUUCAGCCUGACAUCUCCUGCAAAUUCGACCCAAUCAACCCGGGAUACCAAUCCUGUUUAGAGAAAACCCGGAAGGAUUUGAUCGUCGCCACCGUCGCCUCCUCCCUCAUUGGCUGCUUCAUCAUGGGCGCCUUCGCGAAUCUCCCUCUCGGCCUCGCCCCGGGGAUGGGAACCAACGCGUACUUCGCCUACACCGUCGUCGGCUUCCACGGCUCCGGCACCGUCUCCUACCAGAGCGCCCUCGCCGCCGUCUUCAUCGAAGGCAUGGUCUUCCUUCUCGUCUCGGCUCUCGGCUUCCGGGCUAAACUCGCCAAGCUCAUGCCGAAGCCUGUCCGAAUCAGCUCCUCCGCCGGAAUCGGGCUUUUCCUCGCCUUCAUCGGACUUCAAAACAACCAAGGAAUCGGCCUCGUCGGAUACAGCUCCUCCACUCUGGUCACACUCGGAGGCUGUCCGAGCUCGUCACGGGCUUCCCUCGCUCCGGUGAUAACCUCCGCCAUUAACGGCACGGUUAGUUUGCUCCCCGGCGGAACUGUCUCCGGCGACAUUUUCUGCCUCCGUGACAGGAUGGAAAGCCCGACACUCUGGCUGGGCCUGGUGGGUUUCAUGAUCAUUGCUUACUGUCUCGUGAAAAACGUGAAGGGGGCGAUGAUAUACGGCAUCGUUUUCGUCACGGCCGUGUCGUGGUUCCGUGGAACUAAAGUCACGGCGUUUCCGAACACCGAAUUGGGUAACUCCGCCCAUGAAUAUUUCAAGAAGGUGGUUGAUAUCCACACCAUAAAAACCACGGCGGGGGCGUUGAGCUUCAAGGACAUCGGAAAAGGCCAUUUCUGGGAAGCAGUAGUGACUUUUCUCUACGUCGACAUUCUUGACACCACCGGAACCUUAUACUCCAUGGCGAGGUUCGCCGGAUUCAUGGACGAAAAUGGGGAUUUCGAGGGGCAGUAUUUCGCGUUCAUGUCGGAUGCUACUUCGAUUGUGGUGGGUUCGCUGUUAGGAACUUCGCCGGUGACGGCGUUUAUCGAGUCGUCGACGGGGAUCAGGGAAGGUGGUCGGACGGGGAUCACGGCGUUGACGGUGGCGGGGUAUUUUUUCCUGGCGUUUUUCUUCACGCCGCUGCUGGCGUCGAUUCCGGCGUGGGCGGUGGGGCCGCCGUUGAUUUUGGUUGGUGUGCUGAUGAUGAGAUCAGUGGUGGAGAUUGAUUGGGAAGAUAUGAGACAGGCUAUACCGGCGUUUGUGACGUUGAUAUUGAUGCCUCUGACAUAUUCCAUUGCUUAUGGGCUCAUUGGUGGGAUUGGGACUUACAUUUUGUUACACCUUUGGGAUUGGAUUUUGCAACUUUUGGAGCAUUUGGGUUUGGUGAAAUCAACAACAAAUGUGUCUAAUAAUGGAGUCAAUGGGGUGCCUCAAAUUCAAAAUCAACAACUUCAUCAUCUUCCUCAAGAUCCUACUGCAAAAGCACUUCAAGUAGAAGUAGUUUAGUUCUGUAAUGAUGAUGAUGAUGAAGUAGCUUUUUUUGUUAUUUAUACAUGGCUGAAUUUUUUUUGUAGGGAUAUUUCAUGCCAAGUGUGAAUGCAUGGCAUGCCUUGUUGUUUGAAUAGCUUUUCUUGCUCUUUUCUUCUUGUUGCUUAUAUAAUUGUGAAGUUAUAUUUCAAA